CAUAAUAGGUUAUAGGUUAUAGGUUAGGUUAAUGGCAGUAAUAGCGACAUGUCAUCUACGAUAGGAUGCCGAAUUCUCGCGAAACUAAGCAGGUGCAGAUUGAGUGGCUUGCCAUUGCGGAUUAUCGUCGCGAGGAGGUUUAGCAACACUGCGGAAAAAGUGGAAUCUACGAACAGCUGCGCGCCAGCUCCGCAGCCGGGGGAAAUUCAAGCCGCAUUGCUAAAAGAGUUUUCCAGUCCUCUCGUAAUAGAGAAUCUAGAGUCGCCCAGGAGAACACGGGAGACCGAAGUUCUCAUUGAUGUUCAUUAUUGCGCUUUGAACGUCUCCGAUGCGCUUCUCAGUCAGAACUUGUAUACGUUCGAACCGAAAUUGCCGAUGAUUCUCGGUCAUGAGUUUGUCGGGAAGCUGGCGGAGGUUGGCGCAGAGGCAGAGAAAAACGGCUACAAGGUUGGCGAUAAGGUCAUUGCUCUUAACAAGGAGCGAUAUGGAGGCUUGGCUGAGAAGUGCUUGGCAGAAGUUGGGGAUAUAUGGAAGGUACCUUCUAUGAAAUCAGCUAGCUCUGCGGAUCUGGCGAGUACCUUAGACAGCUAUAUUACUGCGCUAGUCGCAUUAGAAAGAAAAGUUGAGCUCAACGAGGAUGACAUGAUUCUAAUAAACGUCGGCGUAAGCGGCAUUGGCCUAGCAGCUGUCGAUCUUGCAACAAAUGUUUUCAGGGCCAAGGUCAUUGGAGUUUGCGCCACAGAAAACUGGGCCGAUCGAGCUCGAGAUAUGGGAGCAUUCGCGGCUCUCAAAUACAGCAACAAGAAGCUGUUGAACCAGAUAGAAGAUAUCGCAGCCGAACGAGACAUCAAAGCUAUCUUUGAUGACGAAGAUGGAGCGUAUUUCAAGAAAAUGUUGAGUUGCUUUACCGAUAUCUACAAAGACGCAACGUUAAAGGACUUGUUGCGCAAUGACAGUUUCGCUGUGGUGGUGCAUCACUUGUCUCGCGAAGGGCGCGUGAUCAUAGCUGGCACUGCGGCGACCGUGACGGACAAUCGUUCGGAGGUGCAGAAAGGUUCCUUCAGCAUCACUGGCUUUAAUCUUGCGGAAUACAAAAAGAAGAAGCCUGAUAUAUAUCGUCAAGCGGGAGACGAUGUCCUACAAUUUCUAGAAGAAGGGCUCAUUGCACCGUCUUAUUCGUUGAUCGCUGGUAUGCACAAAGUCAACGAUGCUUUGCAGUCCAUUUCCGAAGAUAUACUUCCAGGGAAAGUCGUCAUUGACAUGAGGAACAAGGAAGCUGAGAUAAAAAAAAUAGUCACGUGAUCAGACUCGUAUGAGGUGUGUUUGUUCUUGACGAGCAUUUUAUAAGCAUUCUUUAUGUUCUGAUCCAUCUUAAAGACGAGAAAAGCACGCUACCAGUGCACAGUGAUAUUUAUAUUUAUGAACAAGAUAUAUAUUAUACAAGUGGAAUGUAUUAAUAUAGCAUUAAGAUUGUUAAUAAAAUCUUCUUAUCUAAA